AUGUCCUUCGCUGGAGCUGAAGUUCAAUUCAAUCAGGGAAAGCUGCAGGAUUUUCUUUGUGUUGAACUUAACGCACCAGUUGCGGGGGAGUCUGCCGGUGUUCGCGAAGAUCUCAACACUAAAAAAGACGAGACUUCGUCUGACAUCUCCCAGGAGGGCGAGCCGAAUGCGCAAGCUCUGUCCAGGGUCGCAUUCCAUCGCUCUUUGGAUGAUUCCUCCAAGGGCUUAGUUCAUGAAUACCUCAAGCGGACACCCCAGGUCCCAUACGCCACAGUCAUUCCAUGGAGGGUUACGGAAUUUGACCCCUUCAAACGUUUGGCUCGUAAGGGCAAUGGCACGUGGAAAAUGACUCGAUGGCCCACUGCACUUGGAAGAAUGCGAGGGGUCCCGAUUGACGCUGAGAUUCAUGUUUCUAUGAUACGACGAAUGCAAGCCGACGAGACCUAUCAAUCAGCGAAUGCAACCCUUAGGGGUGGUCGUGAUGGUCUCACGAAAGCUUCGCCAGGGCAUGGAAUUGGACAGUGGAAAGUCUGCAAGUAUCCAGAUAACCCUGUUCGUGAAACUUACAUCUUAGCAGCCAAUUCGAAUAGAUAG